GACUUUCGAUAAACCGGAAGUGGCCAAUUAUUUCAUGGUUUACAAGCAAAAGUAUAAAGAAACUAUAUAUUUUUGGAAUCAGUGUGAAAGAAACCUGUAACCAAUGGUAUCAUGUUUCCUGCCAAUCCAUGAGCUCACGAACAUACAAUAUCUUAGCAGACGACAGCUGCAUAGCCUUGGAUUGCCUAAUCUGUGACUGUCCAAAUUACAGCUCAGUAUGCUUUGAACUAGUACUGACAACAUCAAAUUCAUUCAGUAUCCUGUCUGAUACAUCACUACAAAGUCCACUUCCAUCUGACUGCAUCAAACCUAUUCAUGCAUCCACAUCAGAGAGGAAGAACCGAAAUAAUUUACAGGCCAAAGCAAAACCAAUACCAAUCAAGAUGCUGACUGUAAAUUUUAAGUCCAUCAAAUCCAAACAAGGACUAGUUAAAAACCUAGUUGAAAGCACCAAACCUGCUAUUGUCCUAGGUACAGAAACAUGGAUUGACCCCUCUAUAACAGAUAAUCAGAUAUUUCCACCAAACUAUAAUAUAUACAGAAACGAUCGUAAUAUACAAGGAGAAGGAGUGCUAAUUGCCAUAAAUAAAGGCAACAGUAGUAUACCGCUGUCCGCUGUAGCGACCAUCUUAGCACACCAGUGCCUGAACUGCAAACCAAUUGCGAAAUUGUGUGGGCUAAAAUAAGCCUAGCUGGGAACAAAGAUAUGUAUCUUGCAUCAUACUACAACCCCAAAACAGCAAACGAAGAAAGCCUUGAAGAACUGGGACUAAGUCUAGAACGGGCAAGUGCAACGAAAAAUGCAUUCAUAGUCGUUGGUGGUGACUUCAACCUUCCAGGCUGGAACUGGUUAACAGGAACUCUAAAGCCAGACUCUACUUACCAAAAAAACCACUACAAAUUUGGCGACAUUUUAGACGACAAUGGCCUUGUACAACUGGUAGAGGAACCAACAAGAGGUCCAAAUACAUUGGACCUAGUGAUCACAAACAACCCAUCACGCUUCACUCGUACCAAAGUAACACCCGGGGUGUCAGACCAUGAUAUUGUCUUCAGUGAAAUAGACACCAAGCCUAUAUCAAGGAAGCAAAAACCAAGAACAAUCGCCUUAUAUAGGAAAGCAAACUGGGAAACUAUCAAACAGGAAAUGAAUGAAACUUACCAGAAGGUUAAAGAAUUAGCUGCAAAUGGGAGUUCAGUGAGGAACUCUGGUUACUGUUCAAAUUCAAGCUUAACCAGAGUGUAAAUAAUCAUAUCCCGCAUAAAACUGCAAAACAGAAAGACAGCCUUCCCUGGCUCACUCCGAAAAUACGCAAGUUAAUACAUCGACGAGACAGACUGUACAAGAAAAAGAAAAAGUCAGCCGAUCCAAAAAUCACCUCCAAAUUUAAAGAAACCAAGCAAAUGGUCCAGAGAGAGCUCCGUCGAGCAUACUGGAAAUAUAUUGAGAACAUUGUAACACCUAAAGAGGAAAAUAAUCAAUACAGUAGUAUGAAACAGUUCGGGACAUACAUAAAACAUAAACGUACAGAGAGCAGUGGAGUGGCACCACUACGAUGUGAGGGACUACUACACUCACACCCAGUAGAACAAGCAACCAUCCCUAAUAAACAGUUUCAAUCGGAUUUCUCCACCAAGGAUACAUACAACCAGCAUGAGUUCUUAUCUCGAUGUCAGAUGUCAGGUAAAUACCCGUCCGCUGAAGAACUUACCAUAACAGAAAAUGGUAUAUUAAAAUUACUCACAAAAAUCAAUCCAAACAAAGCAGCAGGACCUGACAACAUAAGACCAAGAUUAAUGAAAGAACUGGCAAAGGAAAUAGCACCCAUACUUACACUGAUCUUCCAAACAUCAAUCGAAACAGGGGAUGUACCAUCUGACUGGAGGAAUGCCAAUGUUAGCCCAGUCUUCAAGAAAGGAGAGAGAUAUAGAGCAGAGAACUACAGACCAAUAUCUCUGACUUGUAUAUGCUGCAAACUCAUAGAACACAUAAUCACAAGCCAUAUCAUGAACCAUGCAGAUCGCCACCAAAUUCUCUAGCCAUUACAACAUGGCUUUCGCUCCAAACGAUCUUGUGAAACCCAACUAAUUGAAUUUGUGAACGACAUCACUAAAAACAUGAGUGCAGGUAAACAGACAGACGUACUAAUUAUGGAUUUCUCUAAAGCUUUUGACAAAGUCGGUCACAGUCUACUCGUUCAUAAACUCGAACACUACGGUAUCAGAGGAAAGGUCAAUAGGUGGAUUGCUAGCUUCCUAUCACAUCGGACACAAGCAGUAGUAGUGGAUGGAGAGAGCUCAUCACAUAUUGAUGUAGAAACUGGGGUACCCCAAGGCUCAGUCGCUAUUCCUGUUUUACAUCAACGACAUGCCUGAUGGAAUUAAAUCUACUAUCCGCCUAUUUGCUGAUGACACCAUAGCCUACCUCACAAUAUCAAACGACAAAGAUUCCAACGACCUACAAGAAGAUUUAGAUAAAUUGGCAAUAUGGGAAACCAAAUGGAAAAUGGCCUUCCACCCAGACAAGUGCAAUGUACUAGUACUUACCAUCAGCCGGAAAAACAACACCAUUGCAACAUCAUACAAGCUACAUGGUCACACUUUAGAACCUGUAAAAAGCGCCAAAUACCUAGGCUACACAUUCACGUCCGAACUGAAACGGAACAACCAUGUUAACAACGUCUGUAACAAAGCCAAUAGAACAAUUGGCUUCCUAAAACGAAACCUGAACAUUGGAUCUACGUCUGUAAAGGAAAGUGCGUACAAAACAAUUGUUAGACCAAUAACAGAAUACGCCAGUCCUGUAUGGGAUCCAUACAAUAAAACAGAAAUAGACCGACUAGAGAUGGUCCAGAGACGUGCAGCACGAUAUGUGAUGAACAAACACCAAAAUCACUCGAGUGUAAGCAAGAUGCUAAACCACCUAGAAUGGAGAUCAAUUGAACAAAGACGAAAAGAUGCAAGACUAACCAUGCUCUUCAAAAUAGUAAAUGAGAAAGUGGCUGUGACAAAGGAAGAUCGUCUGAUUCCACCUAAACGAUUGUAAAGAAAUAUGCAUGACAGAAGCUUCCAAAUUCCAGCAGCAUCAAAUGAUUACCGGAAAUUUUCUUUCUUUCAACGAACCAUCAAAGAUUGGAACAGUCUCCCUCCUGGGUUAGUGUCAGCGCCGUCAGUCGAGGCUUUUAAAGCCUCGUUGACAAAGCUGAACUAAAUUCAAACAAUAUGGGGGCAGGGGGGAGGGGUCCGUAUGCGCACUGAAGUCAUGGCAAAAUAUUCAGUCUGUUGAUUGUGGCCAUUAUCCGGUAGAAGACGUAAAAGUAGAAGAUUAAAUGAGACAGGAAGUGACAUUUACUUCACCGGAAGUAGCUAAUUAUCUCCCUUAUUUCACUCAGAAGUAUAGAGAAACCACUUAUUUAUCGCAUCUGUAUGACGAAACUGAUGAUAAGAUGCCAAUUUUAACUUUGAGUAAACACGAACUAGCUUCUUUUCAAUAAAUUUAAAAAUUGCUGUGGAAAGACCUUCAAUUGUUCAGAGAACAAUUGGUUUUUAAUUCAUUACUUAUUUGCUUAUUUUGAUAAACUUGACUUCAUUUAAUCUUCAUUCAUUUUUAUCAAUUUAAUCAAAUAUCAUUUGAAGUUAACUUGACGAUAAGAAGUAUAUUUUCGAAUCGGAAUUUACAUUAAUAUAGACUAUGUGAAAUUAACCGCUGGUUCUCUAUUCGUUGUUCGAUAUUCAAAAUUCAACCGGUCAGCAUCAAUCUGUUUGAUAUAAAGAUUUCUUUAAAAGUUAAAACCAUAAGGAUUAAAAAAUGAUAAUAUUAUGAAUAAGAAGAGAUGCAAGAGAUCAUUGUGUAACCCAUCCGUAUUAUUAUAGUUUUCAUUAUCUUCGUCCUCAAAUAUAAUUUGCUUGUUUGAUGCUAUUGGCAAAUAUUUCAUGCAUAGUCAAGACAAGAACAAAUAGACAAUUUUACAACCGGAAGGUUCUGCAAUAUAGGUCGACUGGGAUGAAGGGCCGGAUAUUUUACUGGAAAAUUCAUCAGAUAGUUGUUCCAAGGGUUUAUUAACGAACAAAAAGCGUAGAUGUCACAGAAAAAGAAAAUUUCUCUGCACAGAUGGUACUAUUCUAAAUAAUUAUGAAGUCUUAGGCCACCUUUAGAUUCCUCAGAUAGUUGUUCCAAAGGUUCAUUAACAAACAAAAAGCGUAGAUGUUACAGAACAAGAAAAUUUCUCAGCACAGAAGGUACUAUUCCAAAUAGUUAUGACGUCUUGAAAGGCUAUUUAAAUUUUACGAAAUAUAUCCCUUAAUCACCUCAGUUCGCCCUUCAUCAAUACCUACAUUUUUGCGUAUGUGGAUAUAUAAUGACGUCAUGGGAAAAGGUGUUAAGCAAAUGCGCUAUAGUGUUGAAACUAUUUCUGGGAAAGUUUAUUUAGCCUAAUGGGCAUUACACCUCAAUUCUUUGCUGACGUGAUUUGCGGAGCUUAGCGCAAUUAUUUUUCAUGAUUUAUGAUGGAACAAAUGUAGUACUUCAGAAGUAUUGUAUAAAAUUCACCAGUAUACUUGGAAUAAAAAUGUUGUAUGAAGCGGGUUUUUAAGAUUUGAUAUUUUCAACAAUCAAUCAAUCAAAUAAUUGACCAAACAUUAAUGUAUAAACAUAGAUCCUGAAGAAAAAAUAUCAUCACAUGUCCAUACGGCAUUUUGGUUUUGGUUAAUAUUGAUUUAGUUUGUAAGUCUUAUUUUUAUGUCUUAAUAAGAUGGAGACAAUUUGUCUUAAUUUCUUAAAAUGAGUCACAUGGUGUGGGGUUAACUUAUUAUUAAAGGUUAUACCGUGACCUAUAAUAGUAUAUAACAGUUUCACUGAUAAUCUUCAGUAUCGUAUAAAAAAGUAAGCCUGGAAACCUCCUUAAGACACUUUCGAGUUUGUUUACAAUCUUUAGAUACGUAAGGACGAAACCUGUUAAACAUCUGACGAUCCUGCCCAAAAUUUACUUUGAAAUUUGUAUUUUAUAUACAUCAUGAACCUAAUGAUAAGUGUAAUGACUUACAGUAAGUGUAUACACCUGUGUGAUCAUCUACUGUCACAUUGUGACACAUUAUUUGCCCUUAAAUCAAGAAAAGAGAGGUCGAACAGCUACUGAAUUUUAGAUAUCCACGUGAAGUUCCUUUGUAAAUCAAAGUUUAUAAGAUAUAACUAUCUACAAAUUAAUGUGAAAAGGUGAGAAUUCAAAUGUGAGCAGUUGAUAAGAAUUGCGAAAGUAUUUUAUCAGUACCUUAUGCUUGUGUAAAUAAAUGAAUACAUUUUGGUAUAAUCUGUGUUGAAAUCAAAGAGGAUUCCCACCCUUUUUUCAAAUACUAUUAUUCCAAAUCAAUCCUUUACAGGCAACUAAGUGUAUUGAUACCAUACCAGUAGAAUUUACAACUGUCUUGGUUUACAAUUAACUACACUCAAAGGUAUGAGUUCAUGUAUUUAUCGAAAUCAACUCAUUUUAAUGCCAAUCUAACAAUUGACCGUAGUAAAUAUCCCGUUUACUACAUGAUUAAAUAGUAAUUUAUUACACAGUUCAAUACACAAUUAUUGACCUCAACAGUAUAUCUAUAAGUACUUUUGAUCUACACAACAUAAAUAUAGUCUGUAAAGAUGAAGAAUGUCAAGUUGGUUCAAUAUUCAACAUUCAGCAUUCAACAUUCAAAUUUGUUUUUUUUGUUAAACUUUUUUUUUUCAAAAAAUUUUUUUUUUCUUUUUUUUUUUUUUUAUUUGUUUUCAAAAUUCAACAUUCGUUUUCAACAUUGCACAUUCGUUUUCAACAUUCAACAUUCGUUUUUCAAUAAUUCGAUUUCAACAUUCAACAUUCGAUCUCAUCAUUCAACAUUCGUUUUCAACAUUCAACAUUCGAUUUCAACAUUUAACAUUCGUUUUCAACAUUCAACAUUCGAUUUCAACAUUCAACAUUCAACAUUCAACAUUCAACAUCCAAAUUUUUUUUUUCUUUUUUUCUUUUUUCUUUUUUUUUCUUUUUUUUCAACAUCCAACAUUCCUUUUCAACAUUUAACACUCGUUUUCAACAUUCAACAUUGGGUUUUCAACAUUCGAUUUCAACAUUCGUUUUCAACAUUCAACAUUCGUUUUCAACAUUCAAUAUUCGAUUUCAACAUUCAACAUUCGUUUUCAACAGUCAACAUUUGUUUUCAACAUUCAACAUUCGAUUCAACAUCUUAAAUAUAUAGAAGUAUUUCAAUCAUGAACAAAUUGGUUAAUUUUCUAAUGGCGAUAGAUCAUGUAUGCCUUUUUAAACGUCAACGCAAAAUAUCAAAUAAAUAUCAUUUUCAAUUUCAAAAUGACAUAUCCUAAAAUGGCACAUCCUAAAAUACUUGUACACGCAUAGCAGUAUUGAACAUAAAUAAAACAGGAACUCUACCCCAUGUUCAACAAAUUUUUUUAAAUAUUUUCAAUACAUAAAAACAAAUAUAUGAUUUAUAACAAACCUUUCAAAAUUGUCCGUUUAUAAAUUUUGAAAUUAUGAAGAAACUAAGGUUUCAACUCCCUCAGGCAAAGUAGACUUUAAAUGGAUUUGGCUAUUUUUUAGGUCUUUUUUUAUCAUAUAGCUCUUCAACUGUUUCGGUUCUUAUACAUCAUUGGCUUUCAAAUAUUUGGCGUUGAGGGUUCCUGAUGGAGAUAAAUCCAGAGAAGCGCUUCGGGCGCAUGACAUUUAUAAGAUGUUGUUUUCAUUUUUUAUUAUAUACAAUUAUUUUAACUAUUCAUAAAAAGUGUUACACAUCAACUCCAUCAGGAUCGGUUAUACAUUCUUGAAUAAUGUUAAUACAGCAUAUAUUGUGAUCCUGUUUUUUAUUCUUAAGUCGUUUUAUUCCUUGCUUUCUAAGCAUAACUUUUCUUCGUUUUAUCCAUUUACUUCUCUCUUACAAUUUUUUGUAUCCAAUAAAUUAACCUUGGCCACACUGACUGACAUCUAUUCCUUUAGUUUUGUAUAUUCUUUUUUUCUGUGUUCUUUUUUCCUCUAAAUAAUUUGUGCGUUGUUGCACACCCUUUCUUUUCUCUUUUUCUUUUCACUUUCUUUCGGUCAAUUUUCCCAAUGUUAAUCAUCUUCAUGCAGAGAUAUUAAAUGUGUCCAUAUCUCCAUUUCUUAAGACGUCGGGAUGAAAACAAUCAGUAGUAUGCAAAUCCAAGUCGGAAUCUGGUAUAACUUUCAUCUUGUUUUCGGAUUCGUUCUUCUUGUGAGUAGAGCCUCUACUGUUUUCAUUCAUAGGCAUGUCUUCGUCUGUUCAUUGUACUGGUUUGUUUUGCACACUCUCUUAUCUCUAUUGCAUAGAGUAUCGUGUAUUUUCAUUUGUGUUUUUCCAAAAGUUGACGGACAAUUACUGUACUCUAAAUAACAGUAAUUUAUUUCUGUAUCAUUUUGGUAUUGUAUCCAAUAUAGAUGUUUUCUGGUCUUCGAUUCUACUUAUAAGAGACUAUCUGGUUGGUAUAUCGAGUUUGGAGCGAGGCUAUCAAUUGUUACAAAUAGCCAUAUUACUUCUUUCUUUAGUGAGUGAUUGCACUCAGGUUCAGUAAUACAACUGUGUGUUGUACAUGUUGUAAUCAUCGUCUCUUCUUCCUACUCUUUAACUGUCAUUUCUUUUCGUCAUCUCUAUAAUCAUAUCUUUUGUACUCACUUGGUGCUGCAUAUACAUGUAUAAUAUCUUCCACUCCUUUAUCUUGCAAGAUUCCAAUUGACCCCUUGUGUGAUUUUGUUUCCAUAGGCUUGUCUUUGGAGGCAUAUUCAUCGGUCUCCCCAUCUUCAAUCGAAAUAUUUGAGUAAUCUGUUCUACCAUGUCUAUGUUCACUUGUUUAUUCUCCGUACAGUUGUUUUUUCUUGUGGUUCUACAAUUUGUGACUGUCUAAAGCAAUUUUAAUUCUGAUAAUCAUUGCCAGGAAAAGACUGUAUGGUUAAUUUUCAUUCUGCAUUUGCAGUUCCAUCUAAGUGCACGUCAUAAAAGCUGCUGUGGAGGGCCUUCAGUAUAAACUAUUUUUCAUCUUGUUUAGUUUUAUUUCUUAUUUGAAGAAAAUCUGUUUUCUCUUGAUAUUUAGGCUCCAGAAAGCGGUAAUAAUGUUUAAAUUCCGGAUUUUCUUGUACUUGUACGUCAAUAUUCUCAAUAUUUUGUUUUUCUUGAAAGUUGUUCGAGAUGAUCAAAUUCAAUUCCAGUUUAACAUUAGGUUCCUUGAUUUAAUCUUGGUGAUCGGCAUUUUGUAUUUGCUUUCUGACGAUAUUAAUACAAUAUUAUACACCAUAUAAAGAUUUUAAUGAUUUUUCUUUCAUUAUUCCCCUCCCCCUCUUCCUUACAGAAAGUAAUAACAAAAGCCUCUUAGAUUUUUAGCUCUUGUUCACUUUCUGUUGUAAAGGGAAAAGCAUUGUAAACGGUUUCAACAGUUCUCUGUAUGAAAUCAUCUAACAACAUGUCUGUGUAUGGUACAAUAUUUUGUAUUUUUUUCAAUACUUCAGACUGUUCUACCGUCAAUUUAUGUUUUCUAUUAUGACAUACAGCGAGGAAUCCCGCCUACUUCUACUUUCAUUUAAUUUUGCUAUGAUGGAGCUGCAAUUAAAUUUCAUAGAGAUAAUUCGAUGAUAAGAAAUAGAUGAUGUUGCUGCUACUUACUUAAGCCCAAUGCACACAUUAAAGCAAAAACGACAACCAUAUACAAUAUAUACAUGUAUACAAAUGUUCAGUAGUUGUCGUUUGUUGAUGUGGUUCAUAAGUGUUUCUCGUUUCUCGUUUUUUAUAUAGAUUAGACCGUUGGUUUUCCCGUUUGAAUGGUUUUACACUAGUAAUGUUUGGGGCCCUUUAUAGCUUGCUGUUCGGUGUGAGCCAAGGCUUCGUGCUGAAGACCGUACUUUGACCUAUAAUGGUUUACUUUUAUAAACUUUGACUUGGAUGCAGAAUUGUCUCAUUGGCACUCAUACCACAUCUUCUUAUAUCUAAAUACAUAUACAUAAAAGAUAUCGCAAUGCAAAAAUCUGACUAUUUUCCGUAAAGGAAUAAAUAUAAAUCUUCUAAUCAACUUCUGAAGUCGAAAUGCAAAUAUUGUUCGUACGCUGAUGCUUAACACACAAGAAGAUACUUACAGAGCGAGAAAAAUCCUAUCCGGAAACAACUAUGACAUUAGAAUAUCUGACUGACAAAGCUGUCACAGAAGUAUAAGCAAUACACCCAACAAGCAAUAUAAGAAAAAUCAGUAUACCAUACUUCGAAAAAAAAAAAUCAGGAUAGUCACACUUGAUAUUGACAUAUAAAAACUCUAUAAUCACAAUCAAAAAGACCCAAAAUGAUUAUUACCAUUAUUAUUACGGUCACAUUCAGUGUAAACAUAUAUAAACCUAUGAACACAAAUGUAUACAUGUGUAUACAAAGAUCAAUAAGUGAAAAUACAAUAUUUCAACACAUUCCUUCGCAUUACUAUUCAAUUAAUCAACGCAAAUUAUUUAAAAUAAUACACAAGAACAGUGAACACAUGUUGAUAAGGAAAACAAAAUCUGAUAACAACUGUGACACGAGAAGAUUGACGCAGUUGUACCAGUAAUACCCCCCCCCCCCCACCAUAAAAAAACCAAAACCGAACCAAAUGCUAUUUGACAUCUGAAUAUCUGACGCCAGCGGAAUAUUAAAGAUUGAAAAAAAAAUGUGUUUAUUUUGCAGAAUAUAAAUAUAUUGCCCUUGAAAUAAAAUGAAUAGACAAACAAAACUAUUCUAAAGUAACUUCUUUAUAAAGUUAUUCUGUUUAAAUAUGCAUGGUGUAUGCAAAUCUGUGUAUUUCGUAAAUUCGUAAUUAAGGGUGGAUAUUUUAUUAAGAUGUAAAAUCUCUAUUCAAUAUAUCAAUCGCGUGAAUACAAAAAAAUAACAAUGAAUCAACAAGCUAUAUAGUUAUACAAUCGCAGGUGUGAAGGAAAUAAAAAUAUUUGCUCGCGAAAACAAAGAUCUCAAUAUUGAGAAUCAUACGGCGCGAAUAAACGUCACCGUGGAAAUCAGUGAAAUCAUGCCGACUACUAAUUUAACUGUUGUGAUGUAUUAUAUUACCUGAAUAUAAUAGUUCCAGGCUUGAGUCAUUUAUCUAGUUGAUAGCUCGUCUAAGGUAGGGACGUUCGAUCAGAAUUACAACUGGAUUAUGACUGUCUAUAUACUAAUGGAUAUCCCGGAAUUCCUUUAUAUGACGUAAUAGUCUUCCGAAUGUACUUUGAUACAUAGUAAAGUAGUUAUAGUUCCGAGUAAACUGAUGUUACACCCUGUUCAUAACAGAUAAUCCCAAAACAAACAGGUCCGCCAUUUAAACAAAUUAUAGCGAUCAAGUAGUAACAAGGGUAUGGCAACACCUGAAGCAAACAUUUCUGACAAUGGAGACACGCAAAAGGAAAAGGAAUCCGCAGAGGAAAACUUUGAAGAUCCUGACAAGCACCAUUCAGCUAGCAACGAUGGUGGAAAAGAAGAACUAUUACAGAAACUUAAUAAUCACUUCAAAGAUCCAUACACACGGAUUUGUAAUGGUCGUGGUCUUGGCAGGGUACCAGAAAAACUUAUCCUUCUGAUGUUUGUAUGGGUUUUAUGCACAUAUCAGUUAGUACUUUUUGGAAAUGAUCGGGCACAAUUUGCUGACUUUUUGGAACGAAAUAAUAUAGCAAUGAAACAUUUAUUGUUGAAAGACUGGUCCCAGGAUUAUGAAACUAUGCCCUAUCCUCCAUCGACUGGUGUCUAUGCCAUUUACACCAUAGAUAACCUGUUAGAGCAUAUCAAUUAUACUGUUACAAACGUUUACAACAUACCAACAACAUCGGUCGGGUCUUUCUUCAUACGACGAAUUAACGGUACAGGCGGAAAGGAAAAACCAGUUACGCUGUGUCUUCAUUACUUCGAAACAGGAAUAUAUAAUGAAGCCAAAGAAAAAAUUGCAGCAAUUAAUACAACUCGUAAAACAGACUGUAGAGACAUUGAUAAACAAAGUCCUCCUGGAUAUGGCUUUCAACCAAGUAUAGCAGACCUGAUGAGAAGCACUGAUGGAAAACUCGUGAGGUUGUUGUCAGUUAACAUUCAGUUCAAAUUAAGUUCAAUCCAUUUGAAUGCUGAAACUGGGAAAGCUGUACAGUGUUUCGGUAUUCACGGAACUGUUUUCUUUGAUAAUCGAAAAAUAGAUGGACAAAUAACAGUUAAACUAAAAACAAAUGUCGAAGAAGUAAAAUGCAAUACAGAUAGUACGAGAAACGCAAAAACACAUGACAUUGUGAUUUCUGCACUUGUAUUGUUGUUCUGUGUACUGCAUGGACUGUUCUGUUUGCAAGGUUGGAUAACUUCCGCCAUACUUUUCAAGAAAACAAAAGACUACUACAACGAUUUGACAGGAAAGAUAUUAUCAACAAGGGCAUGCUGGGAAAUAUUUAAACUAAAUGAUUUAAUUCUAUUCCUUUCACAUAGUAUUACAAUAGUUGGAUCGGUGAUAAAAAUUAGCAUUGAUCAAGGGCUACAGACAAAAUAUAUUAUAUCAAUGUAUGAUGCAACUGGUAUCCUCCUAGGUCUUGGCUGUCUGUUUACUUGGAUCAGUGUCUUGCACUAUUUAGCAUAUGAUCAUGUGUUUGGCCUUAUAUUUUCUGUGAUGGAGAAAUCCGCCUUUGUUGUAAUAAAGUUCCUAGCCUGUGUUUCAAUAUUAUUUGCUGGGUUUGUGUUAUGUGCAUGGGCUGUGGUUGGACCAUAUCAUAUAAAGUUUGCCUCCUUGACAUCAACCUUCCAGUCUUUGCUGGCCCUUGUUAACGGGGAUGAAAUUUAUGUCACAUUUACUGCCGUAGACUCCGACAAAGAAAUUGUUUGGUUUUUCAAUGGAUUUUUUCUUGUAGUUUUUUUGGCUUUAUUCACCCUGAUCACUCUUAACAUAUUUAUAGCAAUAUUCAACACAGCAUAUGAACAUCAACACGAUAAUGAAUAUAAAAAAGAUCAUAGAAGUGACCUUUUGAAAUUUUUGGGAAGAAUGGAAUCGAAAACGUUCGAUACUACUACAUGUGCGUCAUGUGUAAGACAUACUUGUCCAUCAAUGUUGGGAUGUGCCUCGUUUUGCGACGAAGACCGAUACAAUCGAAAAUCAUACCAGUUUAAUACAUGACUUUAUUAUGCCAUAAUUGGUUUUGACGAUGUGAUUUGAUAUCAAAAACGAACAAAAGAAUUUACAAUUAAUAUAUAUUAAUAUAUAUUAAUGGGCUCAUGUUGUAGUGUUUGUAUUAAUAACAAGAGAAGCAUACUGUCUACUUGUGUUGUUGAGCAAAUGCAAUUUAUCAAAAUGUCACAGCAAACACCAACGGGAAUAAGAUUAAUACAACGUAAUAUAUUGUAAUAAACUUCUGAAAUGUGUUAUGACUUUCAUGAAAAAACACUGUUAUAAAACACUAACUUUUAAGAUGCAUUAAAAUAUUGAAUCAAGUCUAGAAAAGAAAAAGAAAAGAAAAGAAUAUAACCAGGAGGCAUCCAUGAUUCCUUCAAAUAUUAAUAGUCUUCCAAAUCUUUUACCAAGAGAUUACAUGUGUAGUUACAAUUUAUACUUUUGACCACCUAGAGAUAUAUCAGGUGUAGUAGGUGAAAUGCGUAUUUUUUCAGCAUAAUGUUUCACUUUUGUUUUUGCAUAGCUCAAUUUUUCCUUAUACUGUUGUUUAUUGUUAAUUAAUGAAAGUUCUUUGUGCUAAUAAUUUGUUACUAUGCCUUUGAAAUUUGUCUCAAUCUUUUAUACUUUUUAAUUUUUAAAAGUGAAUUUCUUUUUUAAA